AUGAAUGGUCCAAUAAAGCUAACAUCAACGCGGGAAGUGGACAAGCGGAGACAGAUCUACAUCUCACCUGAAGCGGAGAGGAUCAUCUCCAACCUCCAGCCUCGCUCCGUGGACGUGGUGGCAGUGGUGGGGCCGAUGAGGAAGGGAAAGUCCCAUUUUGCCAAUCUCCUGUGCAAAAGGAAGUCUGGUUUCCCACUUGGAGACGAAAUGGAGUCGAAAACAAAGGAUUUCUGGUUCUGGAUCGGUCCCCAUCCUGUUCAGACCAACCGAUAUCUGAUGGUUGUCGACACUGAAGGUCUGGGCGACUACUCUGACGAGGAACAGAACGAGAAAGACAUGAAGUACCUAGUUUUGGCCACCCUGCUCUCCAAUCACUUGGUCUUCAACCUCCAGGGCAACCCAGACCACAGCUUUGUUUCUCAGCUCAGGUUGAUGGGAGAUCUUGCAGAGCAUGUCCGUGUUCAGAAAGAUGGUAAAGACGGAGGAAACAACCUUGGAGACCACUUUCCCCAGCUGUGGGUGGCCGUGCAAGACGCGCAUCUGAAACCUCCUCAAAGGAACGGAAGACGCCUAACCCCUGAUGAGUUUCUGGAGGUCAUGCUGGAGCGAAAGGAUGGUCACACAAAAGCGAUCCGCUCUCACAACGAGAUGACUGACGCAGUGAAGACUUUCUUCCCGAAGCGGCAUCUCCGACUGAUUCCUGCACCAUCUAUUGACUCCGAUAUCCUGAGCAACCUUGACAAAGCUGGAGACAACGCUCUACAGACGGACUACAAAGACACCGUUGACAACUUCACCCGUGAGAUCUGGAACUCGGGACAGGUCAAGAGGGUCAACGGAGAUGACAUAAGAACCACAGGUCUUCUUCAUAUCCUGCGGUACUACGUCAACGCCAUCAACGACCCAAACUCCCUGCCGUCAGUCCUCGGUGCUUACGAGGCCAUGGCUGAAGGAGAGUGCAGUCGGGCUUUUGAAGAGCAGAUGAAAGCGUUUCAAGAGUCCGCGGAGAAAACAGUGAAACCACUGAUGCCGACUGACGAGGAGACCUGCAACAGGCGCAUCCAGACUGCAGCAGAGAGUGCAGUCUCCAAGCUGUCUGCAGACGUGGGGAAGUGGGACAAAGUUGGAACAUGGAAGAGACGCCUGCAGGGGAAACUUGAGACAGAACGCCUUGCUCUGCUCAAGCUUAACAGUGACAAGUCUAAGGACCUCUGCGAGGCGAUCAUCAAAGAAGUCGACCGGCCCGUCCGACAGAAAGUAGGGAAGGGUGUGUACAACAGAAUCGGUGGAUUCAAUACCUAUGUAAGGGAAGUGGAUGCUGUAUACAGCGCCUACAGGCAAAAAGGUGAGAUGUCCUGA